AUGGCGUUUAUAUGGAUCAUUUAUAUUUUCUGUGUCUAUCUUGUUAUUCCGAAUCAAGACGGCAAUUUCCUGCAUCUUGUGCCGAGCCGAUCUGCAACGAUCAUCAUGGAUGCCCGUUCCCUGGAGCAACAAUGUUCGGAGCUCUCUCUGGUUAAAGAGGAGACGGGGGGAUUGGAGGCGCCGGAGCUACAAUCCGUACCUGAUGCGGCGAUCCACCACAACCUCGUAGGGCGGUUUCUCACCGACCGCCCGAUCAAGAUCGAUCAUAUGCAACAAGUGCUGGCGUCUGUCUGGCGUCCGGUCAUGGGCAUGUAUGCGGUAACUCUUGCCGAUGACCUGUUCCUGUUUCAAUUUCCCCACCCGAAAGAUUUGCAACGUGUGAUCGCCGACGGGCCUUGGGCAUUCGACAACCAAUUGUUGGUAUGUGACCAGGUCCCGCCGGGAGUCAGACCGGAGGAUGUAGCGUUGGAUUCUAUUCCAUUUUGGGUCCAGGUCCAUGGCCUGCCGGGGAUGUAUGCAUCCCCCAAUUUCGUAACUAAGAUCGGCGACUACGUCGGGAAGUUUAUCGCGGCGGACCCCCUCAACUUUGGAGGGGCUUGGAGAAGCUACUACAGGAUUAGAGUUCGGAUGGACAUAUCGGCACCACUGAAGCGUCGCAUGAAAUUGGUGCGCCGAGAUGGGACAUCCCAGUGGAUCACAUUCCGGUAUGAGCGCUUAGGCACAUUCUGUUAUUGCUGUGGGAUUCUUGGACACUCAGACAAAUUCUGCAAGGUGGUCUAUGAGCAGGGUAUAUUGUCGGAGGCAUUCCCCUUCGGGGCAUGGCUACGGGCAAGUCCAAGGAGGCAGGUGAAGCCGGUAGGGGCGCGGUGGCUGCUGUCCAUUUCAUCACAACCUACGGUGGCAGAGAACAGCCCCACUGCCGGACUUCUCCCAGCAGACAUGGUGGCGACGACAGAAAGCGAUGGGCUGCAGGAUGAGCUUAAAAGGCGCCGGGAGGAAAUGAUACGAACUGAUGCUAUGCCGGCAUAG